AUGCUUGUAUAUUAUAAUGUGACUAUGGAUUCUUUUCAUCGUCGAAAAUGGUUAAUAUUGUUAAUAAUCGCUGUAUAUCGGAAGCUGGACCCCGUCAAUGGAUUGAAGUGUUAUUGCAACAGCGAUAGUCCAAGCUGUCCCAAUUCGACUUGCGAAACUGAUGGAUUCUGCUAUGCGUCCACCACCUUAGACAAUGGAAUACAAAAAUAUUCAUUCCACUGUAUCGAGUUGAAAUCACUGAUACCCAUCGAGCACCCCUUCAGUUGCUCCACGACGAGAACUAGAAAUGAGUCGGUGGUGAUAGAGUGUUGUAAAUCACAUGACAUGUGCAAUCACGAUCUGCGCCUGGAGUUACAUCCGAAGCCGCCAGAAACGGUAUUCCCUCCUGGGGACAGGCCUAUUUGGUGUCGCGAAGCCGAAAGCGUCGAUAUGUAUUGCUGCGACACGGACCUCUGUAAUAUUGACAUCUUUCCAGAUGGGGGUACGCCAGCAACAGCGUGGCAAGUGGUGCCAUGGAUUAUGGGACUGAUGGUACUAGGGGUAUGUGCUGCCUUUAGCUUUUGGUGGGCAAAGAGAUCGGGCAGAAUGAAAGAAAGGGGCUCCCGGCCGUUGUAUCCAGUUGAGGAUUCACUGUGUGAGACGAGACAUCCUAUCACGGCAACAAUACGGGACAUGAUCGAGCUUACCACAUCUGGCUCCGGCUCUGGUUUACCGUUACUGGUUCAACGGUCGAUCGCGAGACAAAUUCAGUUGGUUGAUAUUAUUGGGAAAGGCCGAUUCGGUGAAGUGUGGCGUGGUCGAUGGAGAGGGGAGAACGUGGCAGUUAAAAUCUUCUCCUCUAGAGAAGAAUGCUCUUGGUUUAGAGAGGCUGAAAUAUACCAGACCGUUAUGUUGCGACACGAGAACAUUUUAGGAUUCAUUGCAGCGGAUAACAAGGAUAACGGAACUUGGACACAGUUGUGGCUUAUAACGGAUUAUCAUGAAAACGGUUCGCUUUUCGACUUCCUAACCGCGAGGACUAUCGACUCCAAUACCCUCGUCAAAAUGGCGCUUUCAAUUGCUACGGGAUUGGCUCAUUUGCAUAUGGACAUUGUUGGCACUAAAGGUAAACCAGCCAUUGCGCAUAGAGAUCUAAAGUCCAAGAACAUCUUGGUAAAGACCAAUCUGACUUGCGUUAUCGGAGACUUGGGGCUGGCCGUGAGGCAUAACGUCGCGAGCGAUUCCGUCGACGUCCCAUCAACAAACAGGGUUGGCACGAAGCGUUACAUGGCACCUGAGGUUUUGGACGAGAGCAUGGACUCGCGACAGUUCGAUCCUUACAAGCGCUCGGAUGUUUACUCUUUCGGCCUGGUGCUGUGGGAGAUGGCUCGUCGGUGUGGCGCGAUGCCCGACGACUAUCAGCCACCGUACUACGAUUGCAUGGCAUUCCGAUCCAGUUCUUGCGGCAAUAUCGAAGGUGAUGAAGGAAUGCUGGUAUCAAAACCCUGCGGCUCGACUAACAGCACUGCGUAUCAAGAAAACACUCGCAAAUAUCGGCACGGCGGAUUACAUCAAGCUGUAAAUGCAUCUAAUGAUGGAUUGGGGUACAAACCAAGGAACUGUGAAGAUCGGUUCGAAGAAAAUCUGGGAUUGUUUUGUGAGCCGCCUCGCUCGCUAUCUCGAGCUUCUCCUGAUCCUACCUCUUAG